UCACCCAACAAGUUUUGAGUUUAAAUUGAAAAUAUCUUUUAAUUAAACUAUAAAGAAAGUAGACAGAGCAUCACAAUGGGAGUUCCAGCAUUUUUCAGGUGGUUAUCACGUAAAUAUCCUAGUGUUAUUAUCGAGUGCACAGAGCAAAAGAAAAUUGAUGAGACGACAGGAAAGAAUGUAUACGAAGAUGCAUCACUACCUAAUCCAAAUGACAUUGAAUUCGACAACCUGUAUCUAGACAUGAAUGGUAUAAUUCAUCCUUGUACACAUCCAGAAGAUAAACCACCUCCAAAAGACGAAAAUGAGAUGAUGGUUGCUAUUUUUGAGUGCAUUGACAGGCUAUUUUCAAUUGUACGUCCACGAAAGUUAUUGUACAUGGCUAUUGAUGGUGUAGCACCAAGAGCAAAGAUGAAUCAGCAACGGUCAAGAAGAUUUAGAGCGUCAAAGGAAGCUGCAGAAAAAACAGCAGAAGUUGCUCGAAUAAGAGAAGAACUCAAGGCAAAAGGAGCAAUUUUACCACCUGAGAAGCCUAAAGAACAGCAUUUCGACUCAAAUUGUAUCACACCUGGAACUCCAUUUAUGGAACGACUUAGUCGCUGCUUACAAUAUUACGUACAUGACCGAUUAAAUAAUGAUCCAGGAUGGAAAAAUAUUAAAGUUAUUUUAAGUGAUGCUAAUGUUCCUGGCGAAGGAGAACACAAGAUUAUGGAUUAUAUCCGUAAACAACGAGCACAGCCUGAUCAUGAUCCAAAUACUCAACAUGUUUUAUGUGGCGCUGAUGCUGAUUUAAUUAUGUUGGGUCUUGCAACUCACGAACCAAACUUUACAAUCAUUCGUGAAGAGUUCUUGCCUAAUAAGCCACGUCCUUGCGACCUUUGUGCUCAAAUUGGACAUGAAAUGAAAGACUGUACCGGAUUAGAUAUGGAAUAUCAUGCACAAGCACCAGACAUUGAAUUUGGAAAGGAAACAAAAUUUAUUUUUGUUCGUUUAAAUGUCUUGAAGGAAUAUUUAGAAAAGGAAUUAGUAAUGCCUAAUUUACCAUUUAAAUAUGAUUUUGAGCGGGUUCUUGAUGAUUGGGUUUUUAUGUGCUUUUUCGUCGGUAAUGAUUUCUUACCUCAUCUACCAUCACUUGAAAUUCGUGAGAAUGCAAUCGAUCGACUUAUUCAUUUGUACAAAAAGUGUGUCUAUAAGACUGGAGGCUAUUUAACUGAUUCUGGUGAUGUUGCAUUAGAACGUGUUGAGAUGAUUAUGAGAGACUUGGGUGAGGUUGAAGAUGAAAUUUUUAGAGACAGACAAAAGAAUGAGGAACGUAUGAAGGCAAGGAAUAAGAGACAAAAGAUGGAAAGGGAACGUAGACCUAAUUUUGAUAUGAUUCAUAAGACACAAUUUGCACCGACAGCUGUUGGUCAAGGCAGAGGACCUAAUGCUAUUGUAAAUGCUAAGGAAGACAUUUUAAGAAUUAGUAAAAUGGCAAUGAAUAAUACUGCUUUAGAUUCAAUGCUUAAACCUGUUGGAAGUUCAUCAAAUAAUGAAACUCAAGAUAAUCGUGGAGUUAAACGUAAGGCUGAUAAUUCAAUCGUUGAACUCGAUGUAAAUAAGCAGGAAGAAGAUGAUCAAGCACACGAUGAAGUCCGUUUAUGGGAAGAUGGAUUUAAGGAUCGUUACUAUGAAUCUAAAUUUGAUGUUAUGUCUGAUAAUAUUCAGUUCCGAUAUAAUGUUGCAUUACAAUAUGUUCGUGGAUUAUGCUGGGUCUUGCAAUACUAUUAUCAAGGCUGUGCAAGUUGGGAAUGGUAUUUCCCAUAUCAUUAUGCAUGCUUUGCAUCUGAUUUUGUAAAUAUUACUGGAAUCAGUAAGAAGUUUAGCAAGGGAACUCCAUUUAAGCCACUCGAGCAGUUGAUGGGAGUAUUUCCAGCUGCUAGUAGACAACAUGUUCCACUUCCAUUCGCUAAAUUAAUGCUUGAUCCUAAAUCAUCAAUUAUUGACUUUUACCCUGACGAUUUUCAAAUUGACUUGAAUGGAAAGAAGUUUGCAUGGCAAGGAGUUGCUCUAUUGCCAUUUGUUGACGAAAAACGGUUGUUUAAAGCUGUUGAUCCUUAUAGAAAGGAACUGACUUUAGAAGAAGAGAAACGCAAUCAACUUGGUGAUGAUCGCUUAUAUGUUGGCAUUGGAUGUAAAGAUUAUCAAUUGUUGAAGAAGUUUUCUGAAACCGAAAAUGAUUUUGAACGUGAAUUUCCUAUUUCUAUUGAUGGAAUGCAAGGACUUGCUAUAUUAUCCGAGGAAAACAUCUCAAUUGGCGGAACUUUCCCGACAGUUAUUCCUGGGCUUCAUGAUUGUCUCGAUAAUCGCGUAGUUACAGUUAAAUAUCGUGAUCCAAAAUAUGCUGAUGGAUUUAUCUUUCCUGCUCGUCGUUUGCCAAAUGCAAUCGAGCCACCAAAAGUACUAAAACAAGGAAUUGACGAAGGAAAUCCAAACUACAGACCACACAUUGGUUUUAAUAACAAUCGAUCACAGUUUGCUAGUGUUGGUGAUGCUGGACGAAGAACUGUAAAUCAUCAUACCGGAAACAGAUAUUUUGAAGGAGGAAAUUCUGAUCGUAAUGAUUCCAAUUAUAGAAAGCCGUACAAUCAGCAAGGUUUUUCAGGUGGAAAUAAUUAUCAGCAACAGAACCGUCAAAAUUAUCAAACGAAUCAGAGUCGAUUCAGUAACAGUUACAGCAGCGUUCCACCUCCCCAAGGGCAACAACAACAGCAACAAAGAGGAUAUCAGUCUUCAAGAUCAGCACAGACAUCAUCGACAUAUACACCAAAUAAUCAGCAAAAUACCCGAGGUGGAUAUUCACAAUGGCGUUCAGAUCGUGGCGGGGCACAUCAAGGAGAUCGUGGAAAUCAUGGACGUAAUCAGUCAAAUCGUGGUGGCUAUCAACGUUAUGAUUCAGAACAAAAUCAACGAUAUCAUUCAUCACGUCCAGAUCGCGUUCAAGGACCACCAUCAAAUAAUUAUGGUGGAGCUUACAGUCGUCAGUAAUUGUAAAUUAAUAUUUGAAAGAUUUAAAACACAGAAAAAAAUGAUUUUAACUUUAAGAUUUGAUUUAUAGAGAAUUUUUUUUGAAGUAAUUAUAAUAAAAGGCACACAUUUAACGUAUAUUUUUCAUUCCUCACUGAUUUUAAUCUUGGA